AUCAGAUAAGUAUACUUUCCAAACUGAGAUUCCUAGCUCUGACUUACAAUCAACUCUAUGGUGAAAUUCCAUCUGAGAUCACUAUGCUAACAAGUCUUCAAUUCUUGUAUCUUGGUUCUAAUCAUCUCAGUGGCUCCAUACCAUCAGGUAUAGGAAAGAUGAAUCAUCUUAUAGAACUAGAUCUGGGUUACAACAAUCUCAGUGGUUCAAUCCCACCAUCUUUGGGUGAUUUGUACAAUCUUAGUAUUUUAUCACUCUCUGUUAAUGCACUUUCUGGUUCUAUUCCUGUAGAAAUCGAAAACUUGAAAAAUCUGACUGAGUUAUAUAUGUACAGUAAUUCACUAACAGGAUCCAUCCCCUCCACGUUUGGGAACUUAACCAAGCUGACCAUGUUAUAUCUGUAUCAAAAUAAUCUUUUUGGUCAUAUUCCUCUGGAAAUUGGAAAUUUGGCAUCCCUUGUAGAUUUAGAACUGGCUAUAAAUCUCCUAACAGGAUCCAUCCCUUCCACGUUAGGGAAUUUAACCAAGCUCAACACCUUAUAUUUGUAUCAAAAUAAUCUUUCUGGUCCUAUUCUUGCAGAAAUUGGAAAUUUGGCAUCCCUUGUAAAUUUAGGUUUGUCUACAAAUCUCCUAACAGGUUCGAUUCCACUCACUUUUGGAAACUUGACCAAGCUUACCUACUUGAGCUUGCUUGAAAAUCAAUUAUCCGGCAUCAUCCCUACAUCUAUAGGUGAUCUGAAAAAUAUAGUUCAACUAGAAAUCGGUGACAACAAUUUCUUUGGCAAUUUACCGCAACAAUUAUGCAUUGGUGGAUCACUUUCAUAUUUCACUGCAUAUAACAAUAAUUUCACGGGUUCCAUCUCGAAAGGCUUGAGAAAUUGCACAAGCUUCGUGAGACUCCGACUAGAAAACAACCGGUUGAAGGGAAAUAUAUCAGAAGUUUUUGGUUCGUUGCCACACUUGUCUUACAUUGAUCUGAGCAAUAACAAAUUCUAUGGUGAGAUCUCAUCAAAUUGGGGAAAGUGCCCAAAUCUUACAAGCCUACGGAUGUCAAGAAAUGAGAUUACUGGUAAGAUACCUUCAGAGCUUGGGAAGUCAUCUCUAUUGCAAAGACUUGACCUUUCUUCCAACCAUUUAAUUGGAGAGAUUCCAAAGGAAUUAUGGAAAAUAGAGACUUUGUCAAGCCUAAAUUUGAGCCAUAACCAGCUUUCAGGUAGUUUGCCAUUGGAAAUUGGAAAGUUGUCUAACUUAGAAGAUCUUGACUUGUCAGCCAACAAUCUAACUGGACCUAUUCCGGUGCAGCUUGGAAAUUGCUUCAAAAUGAUUUACCUACACUUGGGUAUGAACAAAUUUAAUGGAAGCAUUCCAAAACAAAUUGGUAACCUGAUUUCGCUACAACGUCUAAUGGAUCUUAGUCAUAAUCAACUCCUGGGAGAGAUACCAUCACAAAUUGGGCAAUUGCAUAGUUUGGAAACUUUAAAUCUCUCACACAAUAUGCUCUCUGGACCCAUUCCCUUAUCACUGGAAGAGAUGUUGAGUUUGACAUCCAUUGACAUAUCAUAUAAUGAGUUGGAAGGUCCGAUUCCCAAAAUUAAAGCCUUCGAAGAUGCUCCUAGAGAGGCUUUCACAAAUAAUAAAGCAUUGUGUGGCAAUGCUGCAAAAGGCUUGCCCUCUUGCAAUUCUUCAAUUAUAGAAAAGAGGAAUACAGGAAAAAAGAAGCACAUGUUCAUCAGUUAUAUAUUACUUCCUAUUUUGAGUGCAAUGCUUCUAUUAUCUAUACUUAUAGGAAUUGCUUGGGUUUUUCAAAGAAAAUCAAAGAAAAAGAUAGAAAUGGGACAAACGGGAAUUGAUCAGGGAGAUCUAUUCGCAAUAUGUAACUAUGAUGGUAGAAUUGUAUAUGAAAAUAUCAUUGAAGCCACAGAGAACUUUGAUGACAGACAUUGCAUUGGGAGUGGAGGAUUUGGAAGUGUUUACAAAGCAACUUUAUCAACUGGUCAAGUAGUAGCUGUGAAGAAGCUUCACACAUUACAAGAAGAUGCUGACAUGGUCAACAAAAUACAUUUUACAAAUGAAGUUCGUGCAUUAACUGAAAUACGACACCGAAAUAUUGUGAAAUUUUAUGGUUUCUGUUCACAUGUACGACACUCAUUUUUGGUUUAUGAGUAUUUGGAAAGGGGAAGUUUGGUGAAGAUAUUAGGAGAUGUGGAGAGGGCAACAGAGUUAGAUUGGAUCAGGAGAAUAAGUGUAAUUAAAGGUGUGGCCAAUGCACUAUCUUACAUGCAUCAUGAUUGCUCACCACCAAUAAUUCAUAGAGAUAUAUCAAGUAGCAAUAUUUUGUUGGAUUUGGAGUAUGAGGCUCAUGUGUCAGACUUCGGCAUUGCAAGGCUUCUAAUGCCCGAUUCAAGUAAUUGGACUUCUCUUGCAGGCACUUAUGGCUAUCUUGCUCCAGAGUUUGCUUAUACAAUGAGAGUGACAGAAAAGUGUGAUGUGUAUAGCUUUGGUGUGUUAACAAUAGAAACAUUAAUGGGAAGGCACCCUGGUGAGCUCCUUUCAUCUUUAUCAGAAUCAUCGUUGGCAUCAUCAUCAGCUGUGCAGACCAUGAUGUUGAAAGAUGUUUUAGAUCUACGACUUCCUCCUCCCCUACCUGAAGUUUAUGGAGCGAUGGUUUCUAUAAUGAAAAUGGCAUUUACAUGCUUGAAUGUUAAUCCCCAAUCUCGGCCAACCAUGAAACAUGUGUCUCAAGAGGUAUCAUCUCACAAGGCAUUUUCUGUCGAGUCAUUUCACACAGUAACAUUAGGAAAAUUCUUGCAAGGAGGAAGAGUACUCAAAUAGAUGCAAGCUUGU